UGGCGGCGCCCGCGACCACGUUGGUUCCGCAGGGCCUGGUCGGCCGAGCCAUGGCGGCGGCGGCGGCGCGGACGGUGCUGGUGCGCGGCCUGCCCCCCUCGGCCCGCGGGCCGGACCUGGAGCGCGAGUUCUGCCAGGCGGGGCCGGUGCGGAGGGCGGUGGCCGUCACGGAGCCCGGUGGCGAGUCCUGCCGUGGCUUUGGCUUCAUCACCUUUUCCUUGGCCGAGGAUGCUCAGAGGGCCAUCCGAGAGAUCACCACCUUCGCAGGCCGUAAGAUCAGCACGACUCUUGCAAAGCCGAAGGCGAGGCAAAAAGAGAAGAAAAAGAAGAAGAAGAAAGGGGAGGCUGCAGAGGCCGCCCAGGAGGAGGAGAGGCCAAAGAAGCCCCGAGGAGCCCCCAAAAAGGCCCGGCUGAUCAUUCGCAACCUGAGCUUCAAGUGCUCGGAGGAGGACCUGAAGGCAGCUUUUGCUCCGUUCGGCACCGUCCUGGAAGCGUCUAUCCCUAAGAAGCCAGAUGGGAAAAUGCGCGGCUUUGCCUUUGUGCAGUUCAAGAACAUCUUGGAAGCAGGGAAGGCGCUGAAGGGAAUGAACAUGAAAGAGAUUAAAGAGCGCCCCGUGGCCGUGGACUGGGCUGUGUCCAAGGAGAAGUACCAAGCGGUCCAGGCUGCAGCGUCGCCCCCUGGGACGCCCCAUAAAAAAAUCACAGAGGCCGUGCAAGAGGGCAGAGCCAGUGGCAAGGGUGGCAGCAUCAGCGUGGCCGCUGAGGAGGAGGAGGAGGAGGAGGAGGAGGAGGAGGAGGAAAGAGCAGAGCCAGUUGAGUCAGCGAGGCAGGGCAGGUACUUUGAAAGCCGGAUCCCCCCCGGGGAGAGUGAGCAGGAAGAGCUGGCUGGCAGCACAGAGAACUCAGAGGAGGAGGAGGAGGGGCAGCCCGGCCCUGCAGGGAGCUCUGACAGGGAGGCCGACGAGAGCGAAGAGGAGGAGGAGGAGGAAGGCGGAGACACUGAGGAGAAAGGCAGAGGUCGGCUUCGGGGGCUCCCUCCAGGCAGAAAAGUAGCAGCAGCCGUCCUUGAUGUUUCGAAAGGAAGAACCCGUCUUCAUCAGGAAGAGGGAGCUGGGGAGGCUGCUGGAACCGUUCCAGGGGUCCUGAAAUGCGAUGCUUGUGCGUCCAAGUGCUGCACCAGGACAAUGGAACGCACUCAAAAGGUAGCCUUGCACCUCUGCGGGAAUAGCCUUUGCCCAGUUCCUGGACGCAAAGAGCGCCGCCCAGCCAAGUGCCUCCCAGCUGCUGAGGAUGACGAGUAUGAGGAGUCAGCAUCGAGGGGAAGGGGAAACACAGACUCCCACCACUCCGCACUUGGUCCCCAGCGUGGCCAGCAGGACUUGGAUCCCCCUUCCUCUCCACUGCACCCGUUUGUUGCGGACUCAUGCUGCCCUGCUUCUCCUGCUUGCUUGGCAGGGAGGCAGGGCUGCCAUCUCGGGGCUACGCCCGCCUGCCUGGCUGAGACCUGUAGCCCGUCCUGCCAGAUGGAAGCCCAGCAAGGCUACUUGAGGAAGCCAAAGGGCAAGGGGUUAAGAGGGACCCUCUCCCCCUCACCUCAGGCAGCCAUUCAUGCUAUAAGAGAGCUUUACCUUCUGUUUGAGGAGCUGAAGCACCAGAAAUUGAAGGACCAGAACAUCUUCGUCUCCCAAACCCGACUCUGCGUCCACAACCUGCCCAAGAGUGUUGGCCCGAUGCUACCGACUCUUGGAAGUUGGAUUCAAGGAGUGAAGAGCCUCUCUUCCUUAGGAGGGAGCCCCCUCUCCCAUCACCUUCACCACGGGCUGCGGCCUUUUUUUCUCCCCACCUCAGAUCUCAGCACUAGUGAGGAGGCGAAAAUUCGGCCUCUUCCAGAGAGGCCCCCCAGUGACAUCUGCUGGCUUCAAGUAGCGUUGCAGUGCCGGGUGAUGCGGGACCGGAAAGCCGCUGCUGGGCCGGGCCGGGGCCAGUCCCUCGGCUACGCCUUUGUGGAGUUCCAGGAGCACGAACAGGCCCUGGCCGCCCUGCGCCGGGUCAACAACAACCCCCAGAUCUUUGGGGACCAGAAGAGGCCUAUCGUAGAGUUCUCCCUGGAGGAUCGGCGGAAGCUGAGGCUGAAGGAGCAGCGAGCACAACGCAGCUUGCAAAAACUGAGGCAGAAGCAGCCCGCCAAGGGGGCGACGGCAGCCGGCACCUCCCAAGUGGGGGCCCCUGGAGCCCAGGAACAGAAGCAGCCCCCCAAAGACCCAAAGGCCAGGGAGCCCAGGAAGGCCCCCAAGAGGCGUGGGGGUGCUCCGGCCCCACAGGCGGGCCCUGCGGGAGGCGCCACCCCCUGGUCCGGUUUCCAGACUCAGGCGGAGGUGGAGUACGUGGAGCUCCAAGGAGGAAAGAAGCGCCGCAAAGUCCUGGCUCUGCCUUCCCACCGAGGCCCCAAGAUCAGAAAGCGUGAUAAAGGCAAAGUAAAACCGCCCUCGGCCAAGAAGUUGGCAGCUCCCAGCCAUCCACCACGGCAGGAGAAGAUCCUUGGGGCGCCCACGCAGGUGCCCAAGAAGCGGCGGCCGGCACGAGGCAGCCGAGCGGAGGCCCGCUUUGAGCAGCUCGUGGAGCAGUACAAGCGCAGGAUCCUGGGAGCGGCUGGCAGGGGCGCUCUGCCGGUCAAGAGGGGCAAGUGGUUUGAGAGCUGAGCGGCUUGGAAGACGUGGGCGGCUUCCCUCGGGUGCCAUCUUGAACUUCUGGGGGGGGGGGGGAACGGCACUGCAAAGACUGUUGGGCUGGUGCCUGAAGCAAGACGCCUUUGUGCCAAUACAUCUCUCUCUCUCUUGGAGCUGUCCUGGGAGUGCUCUGUGUGGGGUGGGGGGGGGCAGGGAGGGGGAUGCAGGUGCCUCCCAGGGGACUGUCUGUAGCUGAGCCUCGCAGGUGGGGAGUCCUAUACAGGUACCAGGCUCUGUGAGGCUCCCUUGGCGGCAGGGCUGGCCCAGUCUCGACAGCGUCCGUCUGCCUGGUUCCACCCAGCAAGGCCUUUGAGCCCCCCUUGCUUAAGGGAGCAGGAGGAGGCUGGUGCUUUGCUUGGGGGAGGGGGAGGGGGCUUUUUGCCCCCCCUCUUCCUCCUCCUCCUCCUCCUCCUCCACAGGCAGAGGCACAGCAGCCAGGGCCGAAUGGCGGCAUCUUGUCGCCACGUCAGGCCCGGAGGCAGCAUGCCCCCCGGAGUGUGAGGGCCAAAUGGCAGCCAGCGGAAAGGGCCCCGGCUCCCGUGUGGCUCCUCCUCUCCCUCUCCGCGGCCUUGUCCCAGACCCAGGACGGGCGUCCUUGCACGUGGCCUCAGCAGCCAGCCUCUUGCGUCCUCCCACUAGGGCUGGAGCGUGGCCCUCUUGCUCCGGUCCAGAAGCGUGGGCGCUUGUGCUUCAGUGCCAACACCUGGGCUCUCUCUUUUGCUCACCUGCCUGUCACUCACCAGCACAGAGCAGCCGGAGCACCUAGCUUGCCACUGGUUGAUAUUUGGGUGGGUGAGUGGCAGCUGCGGAGCAGCGUGUGGGCAGGAGUUCUCAUUCCAGGGGAUCAAGUGGUGGAGACCGCCCUUGAGGGAGCCCGGCAGCUCUGCCAUCCUUCUCCACCACGGGGUGGAGUGGGGGGCUGCAGGCAGGACAUUCUCCCCACCCACCGCCCAGCUCUGCUGCUCGCCCUCUCCAGACCAGGGUGGCAACAGGGAGCCACACGUGGCGCCUCGCUGUGUGUGCUUUGUCGUUUCCCAGGCUUCUCUGGAUCCACAGCCCAGUCCCCACCCUGCAGCCAAAGCAAAGAUGCCAGCCUCCUGCCCCACAUGUUGAGCCCCGGGGGGUGGGGGGAGGUGCAGCAGCUUUCUGUCCUGGUUUUGCCAGUUGGAUGAAUGGCAUUUUCAUGCCUCCUUCCCUCCCAAAAGCUCAGUGUGAUGUACACGGGGGGCGGGGGGGGGGGUCUCCACCUUUUCACUUCCCACCAACCCCUGAAGGAGGCCAUGCUGAAAUGCACAUCAAGAACCUUCAUGGCUGCCCCGUGGCUGCCCCACUGCAAAAGGGUCCCGUAUCCUAAGCUUCUCCCCAGGGUCCAAAGGCCCACUUCUGGUCUGUAUUCUGUGGAAUUCAAGCUUUCGGUAGAGGCGGGUUGCGUUUGGUCCUUUUAAAAUAUUAUAUUUUUAAACUUUUUAAUCGAUAUAAAUAAGACAGAAAAUAGGAAAUACAAUUUUUUAAAAAUUUCUAAUUAUAUCAGAAGAG